CUGCUGAUCUGAUCUGUUGGCACUCUGCACAAGACUUCGUCUGGAACAAAAGCGUAACAUAUUGUAAGCCUUCCGGCGUCUGACCUACAGGCAGCCGUCUUGCAGCGACUCAACAGCUAUUCCUGAACAGCCGCACAAAAAAUGAUUGAUCUUCUCCUUUUGCAAGCGAACAAGGGAGGAAAUCCCGAGAUCGUGAGGGAAUCGCAGCGAAAGCGAGGAGCCAGUGUCGAGCUGGUCGACGAGGUGCUCGACCUUUACAAGAGCUGGACCAGCCUUCAAUUCGAGGCAGAGUCUAUUAGGAAAAAGACCAAUGCCGUGCAGAAGCAGAUUACCCAGAAGAAAAAGGCCAAGGAGGAUGCCGACGACCUGUUGAAGGAGAAGAUCGCUCUCGACAAGGAGUUUGCCGAGAUGGGGAAGAGGGCAGCUGAAGAGGAGAAGAAGAUGACCGCCAAGGCUGCUACCAUUGGAAAUAUCGUUGACAAGAACUGUCAUGUUUCCUCUACCGAGGAUGAGAAUCCCAUCACCAAGCUCUGGCAUCCCGAGGGUCCCAACCACAAGGGCAUGGAUAUGGAGCAAAAAGGUCUCGGACCUUCCGACGUUACCCCCAACAUCAUCUCCCACCACGAAGUUCUCGCCCGACUGGAUGCCUUUGACACCGAUCGAGGUGCCAAGAUUGCCGGUCACCGAGGUUUCUUCUUGACGAACGAUGGUCUCGACUUGAACCAGGCCCUAAUCAACUACGGGCUGCAAUUCUUGAGGGAACGAGGGUACAAGAAGAUCCAGACGCCGUUCAUGAUGAGGAAGGAUAUGAUGGCCAAGACUGCUCAGCUGGACCAAUUCGAUGAGGAGCUCUACCACGUCGGCGGAGACGAGGAUGAUAAGUACCUCAUCGCUACUUCCGAGCAGCCCAUCUCGGCCAUGCACGCCGACGAGCGAAUGGAGCCCAAGGAGUUGCCGAUCAAGUACGCCGGAUACUCGACCUGUUUCCGAAAGGAGGCCGGGUCCCACGGAAGGGACACCUGGGGUAUCUUCCGAGUGCAUCAGUUCGAGAAGAUCGAACAAUUUUGCAUCACCAAGCCCGAAGACUCUCCUGCCAUGCUUGACACCAUGCUCGAGAACUCGGAGGCGUUCUACCAAUCGCUGGGUCUCCCCUACCGGAUCUCUCAGAUCGUUUCUGGAGCGCUCAACAAUGCCGCUGCGAUCAAGUACGACCUCGAGGCCUGGUUCCCUAUGCAGUGCGAGUACAAGGAGUUGGUCUCGUGCAGCAACUGUACCGACUAUCAAUCCCGAAGCUUGAACGUGCGAAAUGGAGACCGUGCUGCUGGAAAGCCCAUCGAAUACGUCCACAUGUUGAACGGAACUCUGUGUGCCACCGAACGAGCGCUGUGCUGUGUUGUCGAGAACUGGCAAACUCCCGAGGGUCUCCGUAUUCCCCCGGUCUUGCAGCCUUACAUGCAAGGCCGCGAUUUCCUUCCCUAUGUCAAGGAACUGCCCAAGAACUCUACCAGCAACAAGAAGAAAUAGAUAUCAGUCUACUCGCACUAGGUAUCGCUAGGCUAGGUUUAUUAACUGUUUUGGGCUCGUGAUAGAGAAUGGCUACGGAUUACAGUCAUAUGAGCACAUGGCGGCGUUACUUUCUUGGUUUCUGCCUCCUGGUCCGUUCCUUCGUUCAUACUCUUAGAUCGGUGAUUUCGGUUGAUGACGUAAUGGCUUCGAUCGAUUGAUCUCGUCGCGGAUUGAACUUCAACGACUAAAUGGCCAUCAAGCUCCAAGCUCUAAGAUACUAAGGU